GUUUGCCAUCUCCCCCUGUCGCCCCCACACCCCACCCCCACCAAUAUUUUGGAAAAGAGAUAAAACUUGCAGUCUAAUAUAACAUUUAUUGUUCCUUCUCAAGGGAAGGAACACUUAUGGCGAACAUGUCACACUUGACUGAGCAUGUAAUGGAUACAAGAGUAUCGUCAAAGGAAUCCGAUUUCCCGUAGGGCGCCGCCAUCUUAGACUUAUGCAUAUUCAUUACAAAUAGCCUCUAACCCAAUAUGUGUUUACGCAAAAUCAAUCUUUAUUUCAGUCUUUAGUGCAAUACAACUACAUGAAAUAUUAUCAGAACAACAAGUCACAAUAAUAAAGUUUAAAUCAUGUAGACAAACGCAGCGCUAUUUGAUUGUACAUCCAGGGCUUCAACGGAAGAAUGUAAGAAAAGGGCACGCUUGAUUAGAACAAAACAUAUUUUGACCGAUUAGGUUACACUGCAGACAGUUCAGCGCGUAGUCGUACGCCUAUAGAGGUAUCGACCUCUCGGUACCAAAAUCUAUUUUUUAAGUUUUGAUAUUUCUACGCACCCCCGCCCCGAUAUUGCAGUUUUAACAGGAACACAAUGGUCCAUUAGAAAUGCAUCAGAAUAACUUAAUGAGCAAGGCAGUCACCUGGCGGAGCAAGACAGUCACCUUCUCCAGUGAGCAUCAAAAUCAUCAUUUUCUAGACGAUUACAAGAUAAGAUCAACAAGAAACCGUUUUGACAUUUAUUUUCAGAGCCUCCCAUACCGAUCUGAUAAGAUUUAGUUUUAUUGGAUUUUUAUCCGAUUGAAAGAUUUUUGAAAAUUUCCCUUUAAAAUCUGCAUCACACAGACGCUUUUCUACCCGUGAGUGACCCCGAUCACCACAGUGGCACAACAACAACUUUUCAAAUGUCAACAAGCUGAAUAAUGAAGUACAUCAUUCUUUUGCUGGUGUUUACCAUACACAGCAAGCCUUCAGACAUUAUUGGUAGUAUCCUAGUCACUCCUUGUUUGGUUUACCAUAGAAAUUACACUACCCCAGAUUCGCACGUGAGUAGAACCGCUUUUUGUACCAGUUUUCGCUUUUUUCCUCCACACUUCUGAGUUAAAUGGUAAUACCAUCUGUAAACCAACAUACUGAGAUCAAUGAUGUAUCCCCUGUAAACCAACGUAUGGAUUACCAUAGGGACUACACUCCUCCCCACCAAGUCACAAGAUUUACUGCAACUUGUCCUAGCUGGAGUCCUCUCCAGCCGGUAUUGAGGCACUUUGCUAAUUUUACUGGCAUUCAACAAGCCUUUGUGUCAAAUCGUAGUGAACCACCUGCAGAGAUCAGUGACGGGCUCACAGUCGCUCCCAGCACUGUUUCCCUUUGUGAGCACAGUCCUCCAUAUCCUGUCUCCAGGUACUUUGUCAUUUUUACCAUCCUGCACGAUUUUUUGCCAUAUCAUUCCAUCUACAUGACAUUAAACCAUCAUUAGACCCCCAUGAAUCAGCUCAGCGACUAAUUCUCCUUCUCAUCGCUGGCAUUGAGCAGAACCCUGGCCCGCCUCACCCACAGAGGUACCCAUGUGGAAUAUGCGACAACGAAGUAGUAGACUUCGGCCAACGUGCCAUCGCAUGCAAUAAAUGUGACCAGUGGAACCACAAAUCGUGUGUCGGGAUGACCACAGAAGUCUAUGAUCACCUCGCUAACACAUCUGAUUCAUGGUACUGCACAGGUUUUGGAAACCCAAACCAUUCAACUGUACUCUAUGAUAUACCGACCUCUAUGGCUUAUAGUGUUGGUAGCAUAUACUCAUCAGACAGCGACAAGACAUGUUCUACUCCUAGCCAUACCUCUGCAGCCAGACUAAGCGAUUUACACUUUGACUCAACUAUGUCAUCCAUCGGCAGUCCAACAGCAGCAUCCUCACCCAAGCCUACCACGCCUAGCAAUCAUAACAACAAGAAACACUUUUGUAUCGUUACAGUCAACUUCCAGAGCAUACGUAAAAAGGGCAAGGACAUUGUUAUCCUUGUGGAGACCAUUUCUCCCGACGUAAUCAUAGGCACGGAAACCUGGUUGAGUAGCGACAUCAGCUCAUCAGAAUUUUUCAAUCCCUCUUUGGGAUACAACGUGUACAGGAACGACCGGAAAUCAGAUGCACACGGUGGCGUAAUUAUAGCUGUGAAGAACAACCUAGAGUUUACGAACGUUACCUCUGGUAGUAACAUCGAAUUUAUCCAGCUACCUAAGAAAAAGCAAAUGGUCAUCGGAGCUUAUUACAGGCCUCCAGAUAGAGUUGACGACCAGUAUAUUCUCAAAACCUAUGAGGAGAUUUCUGCACUGAGGUCUACUCACAAGAAGGCUGUGUUCAUUGUGUCUGGUGACUUCAACGUCCCGGACAUCCAGUGGGCAGACAACAUCAACAUCAUCACUGGCAGAAUUUACCCACACAGAGUCAGUCAGCGCUUCCUGGAUCUGUCACAUGACCUUUCCCUUGAACAGAUGGUAGACUUCUCCACUUGGAAUGAGAAUACCCUUGAUCUGGUCUUAACUUCCCAUCCAGCCUUCAUGACACGCUGUAAACCCCCACCACCAAUUGGCGUUAGAAGUGAUCACGAUAUAGUUCUUUUCAAUACAACGCAUGAAGUUACCCGUUCAAGACAUCCUAGACGAAAGAUACUCCUCUGGAAAAAGAUAAACCAAGACAACAUCAAGCGAGCAUGUUUUGACCUAUGUACAUCAUUCUUGGACCGCCACUUUACAACUUUGGAUGACAUGUGGUCCACCUUCAAGACCGGACUGCUUGGCAUCAUUGAGACGCAUGUCCCAACAAAGACCAGUUCUUCACGAUUUACGCAUCCUUAGGUGUCUACAAAGACUCGACGCCUAAGUCGACGCAGGGCAAGAGCCUACAAGAAGGCCAAAUCAACCAGUAGCAAGAAGGAUUGGGAUAAAUACAAGUCCUUGAAAGCUGAGACCCAGAGGGAGAUGCGCACAGCCCACAAUAACUACAUCAAAACCACAGUCGAUCAGGAUUUGACCAAUAACUCUAAGCGGUUUUAUUCAUACAUAAAGAGUAAAAAGCAAGAAGCAACUGGCAUCUCAACUCUUCUUAGUAACAGCAAAGCUGAGAUCCUCAAUCAUCAAUUUCAUUCUGUUUACACCAGAGAGGACCUCUCCAGUAUUCUUGAUCUUGGCCCAAGUAACAUACAAGCCAUGAAACCUAUUAAGAUUACAACUCCUGGCGUCGAGAAAUUAUUGAAAAACCUCAAACCUAACAAAGCCUCAGGACCUGACAGCAUCCCGAACAGGCUACUCACUCUUGCAGCUGACGAAUUGGCACCAAUACUGACAUGUAUAUUCCAAACCUCUUUAGACACUGGAUCGGUACCUGCUGAUUGGAAAGAAGCCCUGAUAACUCCCAUCUACAAGAAAGGCCCCCGGAACAUCGCCUCUAACUAUAGACCAGUUUCCCUCACUUCUGUUGUCAGCAAACUUUUAGAACACAUCAUCUUCAGCACCGCCAUUAAACAUCUGACCUCAAACAACAUACUUACUCCUAGCCAGCACAGAUUCCGCUCAAAACGAUCUUGCGAGACUCAGCUCAUCUCUACCAUCCAGGGUAUAGCCAAGAACCUCAAAUCCGGAAAAGAUCAGGUGAAUGUCAUACUUUUGGACUUUGCAAAAGCUUUUGACAAGGUCCCAUUUCAACGUCUCUUACUUAAGCUAAAUUUCUACGGCGUCCGUAAUAACACGCUUCAGUGGAUAUCAUCUUUCCUAAAUAACAGAACACAACAAGUCAUUGUAGAGAAACUUGAAGUUCUUUCAGGAGUACCUCAGGGAACAGUGUUGGGACCCCUCUUAUUCCUGGUAUACAUCAACGAUCAUCCCUCUGUUUGUCAGUCGUCUCAGAAUAGAGAAAAGUGGAAACUUCACAGGUCGCUCAACACGACAAAAACAAAAAUAUUGCAAGCUCGGUUUGAUUGAGCCUGUUCAUGGACGGUAGUGGAAAUGCAUGCUACCAUCCACGCCCUCUAGCCCCGGGUUGAGCAAAAUUCAACAUUUACACAUCCUAAUAGUAUAAAAAGCAAUUUUAGAGACACCCGCAAAUGUAUUCAAACGGCGGUGAACAUGGAACCUUCAAUGAUACACGUGUUGAAGCGUAUAAUUCCAUGAAGAGCGGAGUUUGGUCCCCAGAUAAAAUAAUGGGUUUGCCCCAAACGAGAAAACAAUGGGCAGAACUAAACAAACUGGAAAUUAGGAAGGGGAUCUAAGGUUAUGGAGCCUGCGUAUCACAAGAACUGCCAAAAGACAAAAUUAAAAAGCAGGCAACAUAUCCAAGGGGUGAUUAUUCAAUACCCAAGGUUAUCAAGCGGGAGUAUUGGAACCACCCAGGCCGAAAUGGUCAUGUUGAGAAACUAAACAGUACCAAUAACACGACAUAAAAGUCGUGCUGAACGAUCUGAGAAGAUCGAAAUAUAACAGCCCUGAUUGAAUGUACGGGGAGACCUUUUACGGCCGCCACACGGCACAAACAACGCCGCUGUGAUUACAAAAUAGAGAAAAGGGGAAACUUCACAGGUCGCUCAACACGACAAGCCAACCUAUUUGAUGACGAUACGCUUCUAUAUAAACACAUCCGCAAUGAGGAAGAUGCCACCAAGCUCCAAGAAGACCUCACAGAUCUGGAGGCCUGGGAAUCCAAGUGGCAGUUGAGCUUCCACCCGGAUAAAUGUACCGUGCUGAGGAUUACAACAAACAAACGUCUCUGUCGGGAGAUCAGCUACUAUCUCCAUGGUCAGGGUCUCCAAGUUAACGACAGGGCCAAGUACCUUGGGGGUAACCCUCAGCGACGACCUUCAGUGGGAGAAGUACACUCAAGCAACAGCAGCCAAGGCAUCACGAACACUUGGAUUUCUCCGCCGCAACCUGAGAGAUUGCAGCAAAGCGGUCCGCGACACCACCUACAAAUCAAUGGUGCGGCCUACAAUGGAAUAUGCUGCAGCUUCCUGGGACCCUUACAAAGUCCAGCGUCGUGCUGCCAGAUACGCAUGCAACAACUACACUGACAGGACUCCGGGAUGCGUCACAGCAAUGGUUAAUGGACUCGGCUGGGAACCUCUUCAAGAGCGCCGAAGAAUCUUACGAUUGACCAUGCUCUUUAAGAUCUCCUACAACUUAGUGAACAUUCCAGAGGAAGCACAGGUUGUCAGAGGCAGCGACAGCAGAACCAGGGGUUCCAGGAGGCUAUUUCUCCCAUACACGAACGUCACUGUGUAUAAGCAGUCCUUCUUUCCCAGGACGAUACAGGACUGGAACUGCUUGCCAACCAUGGUCACGGACAUCUCAGACAUCGAGGCUUUCAAGGCUGCUCUCCAUGCCUCGGUAGCAGCUCUGCCUCUGUACUCGGUGUAGACAGCUCAUGUGUGUACCAUAGUUUUAACUGUAUAUAGUCAACUUUUAACUGUACAGCCUUUAGAGAUGUGACUGUCUUGCCCCAACCCAACCGUGGACAAAGUACAUUCCAGUUAUUGGAGUCCUGUAUACGGAAGAAGAAGAUUGCUAAAACACAUGGGCUUGAGGGGGCCUAGGGCCCAUUUGGCCCCUGGACAAGGCUUUGGCAUGAAUGCACCGGGGAUCCCUUGCCAGCCCCCACACCUCACCCCAUUUAAAAACCCACUACGACCUAUUGACCUACUUUUUUCACUCACAAAAAGCUGACGAAAAUCAUUCUUGAAAUACAGGUAAUAUACCAGUUUCCAUGUGGACUAUUUAGGCCAUUCCUGAAUAAAUGUGUUUUGACAACUUCAUCUGCAAACUUAUUCAGUCACUCACUUAUCAACAGUUUCAAAACUAUAGAUGAAUAACUAUCUUACACUGUAGAAACAAAAUGUAAUUGAAAUUUCACUAAAAUACACUGAUUUCUGUACAUAUUACUACAGGUAUUCAAUAUAAUGUCAAGACAUUACACACAUUGUCUUGACCUAAUAUAUGUCACUGUCAAUUUGUAACUAGAUACUUGUUAUUUCUCAUUUUCUUCAUGCUAAGCAUGUAUAAUUACCAUCAUGGAAAUACAAAAGAAUAAAGUUAUUUUUUGGUGCCUCUUUAAACUCGCUCCUACGCAUAUGUAAAUAACAUACUUUACCUGUGUACUGAUUAUAUUUAUAAAUACAGUACAGUUUUCUGAAAAUAUAGCGACCUUAAAGCACGUAUAGUAUUUUCAUUGGCCGAUAAGACUUUUAUGGGUUACUGCGUCUGUUGAAUAUUUGCAGAUUUUUUUGCUUUAAAGGGAAGCCAUUUUCUUUUUAAGUAAAUUAAUUCAAUACAGAGAGAGAGAGAUGACAGACACGGGGGACAUCAAUGAAAUGGAAGCUGAGACUACUGAACAUGAGGAAAUACGGCGGGAAAACGAACAACUGUUAGAAGAGAUAGCUGGAUUGUGUAACAGAAGGGACAAAACUGAUGUAGAGAAAAUACUGCUGCUUGGAAAGAUUGGGGCUGGCAAGAGUUCAAUUAUUAACACAAUAAUUAAGGCCCUGUCUGGGAAGUACAUACCUAAGGCUAAAGUAGGAAAGGGUUCAACACAGUCAAAAACAUUUACUUUGGAGAGAUACACAAGUUGUGGCGUGAACGCGGAAGAUACAGGCAAUGUAGAAGAGCUACAUAUUGCGGAGGAAAUAUUGCCCCAUCUGCCUACCAUAUUUGACGUUGCGGGAAAGGAUAACAUCGACAAUGAGGAUUUGCAGGAA